AUCAGCUAAUUGUAUACUAUUUACGGCUCUGUGGUUAUAAAAUUAAUUAUCAUUCAAACUAGUUGAUUCUUAUUUUCCUCUUUAUAUGCACGGUCCUAAUAACACACCGUCUCACUCUGCGGUAAAGAUACCAAGUUUCAUUAUGUUACAGCUCUAAGCACUUUUUUAGUGUAGACAAGUCACGGAAAAAGGACCAUUAUAGAAUCGUAAGAGGAUUUAGAGGAAGCGUGACUCUCAUAAUAACAGAAUACUGUUUUUGAAAAGAAAAACGGAGAUCGUUGAGGGAAAGUUUGACAGAGUAUUAUACUUACGUCCUUCCCUUACCCGUGUAUUGUACGGAAAUCGUUCCAACUACCCUGGCUAAAGCAAAAAAGAACAUCUACCAAACUAUGUUAAAUGAUGACAACAAGAUCGAUGACUUGAUGCUAAUCUAAUGUGGUAUAAGUACGAACGUGCAUAGGAUUAUGGUAGUGAUUGUCAUGCAUUCAGAGCCCAGAUGACUUGUUCCAGGGAAGGGCAGAGGAUUUGUCACAAAGGAUUUUAACCCUGACAUCUCAUUUGGCGACCAGUAAUUGGAAUUUCUGCUGUGGGAUAUUGAUAUUUACAGCACGGGAAGGAUGAACUGUAGCUAUUGGAUUGAAUUCUGUGUGAGACCCAGUAACAAUUGUACUUUCUUGGAUUUGUACCUAAUAGAUCAACAGUGCAUUAACAAGAGCGUUGACGAAAUUUCUCAACAGUCCGCCUCUCUAUACUUGCAGCCUGCAUACAAACUUAAACAGAAUUUGAUUCUAUACGUGUCUCCUGUUCUUCUUGUGUUUGGAAUUAUAGGAAAUUUACUGUCUUUUAUUGUUUUAAAUGGACAAACGAAGAAAAUGUCAACAUACUCUUAUCUAAGCGCUUUAGCCAUAAUGGAUUUAGCUGUGCUCAUCGUUGGUUUACUGCGUUUAUGGGUGGCUGAAAUCACCGGUAGUAGUAUAAACGAUGUCUCAGAUGUCACGUGCAAGCUCGUGCAGUUUCUGGGAUACGUGUGCAGUGAUUCGUCGGUGUGGCUAAUUGUGACCGUUACUACAGAACGUUACAUAGCAGUAUGUCAUCCUCUUAAAACGCAAAUGCUUUGCAAAACGGAAAGGGCAUGGAAAAUUUCUUUAAUACCCAUCUUAGUUAUCUGUACUAUUAACUCGCAUUUCUUUUUUACUGUAUCUAUUCAGUAUAAACCCAGUCGAACCGAGUGCGAAGCAUCUCCAUCUUUUGAACUACUUGUAAACAACAUUUGGCCUUGGGUUGAUGCUGUUAUUUAUUCCUUUCUACCCUUCGUCAUCAUUGGAAUCCUUAACUGUUUCAUCAUUCGGAAGAUUUCACAAGCUGCAAAAAGGCGUAAAGGAUUUUUGCAAGUCAAACACCGUACUACGCGUGAAGUGAGACGCUACAAGUCAUCUGAUAGCAAUAAGAAAUUGACAACCAUUCUCCUUUCAGUUUCUUUUACAUUUUUAGUCACAGCCACGCCGAUGAAUAUUUCUCUGAUUUUUACCGCCUUCUGGAACAGAGGUCCAGGUGAUGUAGAGGAGGCAGCCAUGUUUCACCUCAUCAAAACAAUUACUGAGUUGCUUAUGUAUGUCAACCACUCGAUCAACUUUUUUCUGUACUGUGCCACAGGACAAAAAUUUCGAAGUUCGCUUGUGAAACUGAUAUGUUAUAACCGUUUUGGCAGCUCGGGUCAUGAAGAAACUGUUUUUACUUCAGACAGAAAUAGACUGAAUAGCUGAUAUCAAUCUGUAUCAUGGUUAUCUCUAGACCUCAGGAUGAAAAUCAAGAGUCUUGAAUAAUUCACCAUAAAAACAACUACUUCUAUAUGUUCCUUUAAGUUCUAAAUUUAUUCACUGCAAUGUAUGAUUUGGGAGAAAUUUGUUUUGGUUUUAAAUUACUUUGUCGGAUAUGUCGGAUGCACUGAAUUAUUGAGAUCUACACACCGUUCUUUUUUUAAAUCUUAGUAAAGUAUCACUAAGUAUCUGUUAAGUUGUGAAAACAAAAUUAGCAAUUUUGAUUUCAGUUAUGAACUAUCAAAGUUUUAAUAUCAAACAUUGUUAUACGUUCUCUCAGUCUCUCUUUAAUAAAAGAUAAUUGGCAAUUCCAAUAAAUUUUUGAUAUAUGAGUUUAUUUGAAAAAAAAUACUGCUAUUGAAGAUAAUUUGCAAAAGCUCAAUUUCACACAAUUAUGCCGAUUAUAUGCAAAGCAAAUUGCGACGUCAGUGCCAAAAAUAUUUUAUGGAGGUACAUUUCCUGCACUGUUAAAAAAUCAGUAAAGAAAAGUUUUUAGCAGGCCGAUCUGUAUUUUGCGAGACAAAUAGCAUUGCAUUUUGUCGCCAAGCAAUAAUAAACAGACGUCAUUAUUAUUAAUUGUUUGCUUUAAGGAUUAAAUUAACUCAGGGGCGAAAAAAAUUCCACUAAUACGAGGCAAUCGGUUUUUGGUACGCAGUUCGCAAUUGAAUAGCGAACUGCGUGUAGAACGCAGUUCGCAAUUCAAAAUUCCAAAUUCAUAUUUGGGGCCUGAAAUUUUCAGGGGCAUUUACUGGUGGUAUAUCACUGCCACCGUGAAAAUUUGGUGAAAUGAUCUUUUCUAGUUUUUGAGAUUUUGGCUUUUUUGCAAUUGAAUAGUGAACGCAUUCUAGAACGCAGUUCGCAAUUCAAAAUUUAGAAUUCAUAUUUGGGGCCCGAAAUUUUCAGGGGCAUCUACUAGUGAUGUAUG